CUGCCUUGGAUGACUGUUUUUAAGCAGAAAAUUAGACGCCUCGCUCAGCUUGCUACAUUGGCUCAGAUGAUCCACGCAGGUGACAUGUUGGCAGAUAUGGAGAGAGAAAGUGAAAUUUCCUCGAUCAGCCUCAGAGAACUCCUGAGACAACUUGGGAUUUCAACUCCAAAAUAUCCCCUUGGCAACCAGAGGAGACCACAAAAGAGCGGAGGCAGGAUAUGAAAAUUGUGCCUGAAGUGAAAGCAACAGAAGAGAAAGUGAAAUUGGAAUAGGGUUCUUUUUAAUCCUUCAACAACCUGCAAAUGCAGAAAGAAACCCCAAUGCAAAACACGUCCCACCUUUCUUCUUUGUUGCACUACUCAGAAACUUCAGUCCCCUUUGGAAUUCUCAAGAAGAUGGGAUCAUAUCUGGCUUCUGCAGAGAAGGCAUAUUGAUCAUUUUUUGUCUACAGAGAGUUAGAGGACUCACAGGUUAAGCUCAGUAAUUGCAGUUGCUAUAUCUGCGUCAUUUGCUACACAACAAAAAUGAAUGACAACAAACCAGGAAUCAGUGAGGCCAAUGGGGUAAUGGAGUCUUCAUCAGAGCCCGAGAACCUGGCGAAAUGCAUGGAGAGCGAAGACGGUGAUAGAUUUUCUGACUCCAAUUCUCCACCCUUGAAGAAUCAAGAAGAAAUUGAGCCCAAAAACUUCUUCAGGAGUAUAACAGCAAGACUAAGUAGCAGGAAAGGCAGGACAAUGGAAGAGUCAGGCAAUGUCAGAAACAGCAUACGUCUUUCACUGAGAAGACUGAGACUGAUAGAAGACGGCGACCACACCAAAGAAGAAAAAAGCAACAUUGCAGAGGAGGAGGAGUCCGGGGGAGGAAGAGAACUUGUUGAGAAGGAACCACUGUCUGUAAUGCAGAUAAAUGAACUUAUUCAGAAGAGGCAGCUUCUGGAAGCCUUUGAAAACAUCAGGAUGUUGGAAAUGGAGGUUUUGGCUGAAAGAGAUGCCAAGAAAUAUGAAGAGAACCCCAAAGAAUACAUCAUGAGGGCCAAGGACAUUGACUUGCUUUAUGAUUUGGUUUACAAGACAAUUCAGUGCACUGUGGAAGAAACACUGGAUCUUCCUGAGGUAGAUGCAAAGGCACUGACAUCGCUGGUGACUUUAAUUGAAAAGGAAGAAAAAGCUCAUGCCAAGGCUGCAAAAAUUGUUGUCCCUUCUGAGCCUGUGGACCGCCUUGGCUCUGCCAGAAAUUGGAGAGGGCUUUGGAAAGAAAGUGUCAAAGAAAGUGUAGAAAGAAGAGUCAACAAAGUCGAAAUGCCACUGAAAGACUGCAAUGCAUCUUGGCUUUCUGUACACUUAGGAUACCUCAAAAAUGUCAUAAGAGGAGAUCUGAAGAGAAUAAAGCAUUUGGUGCAGAAAUGCUAUCCGCAGGACUAUAGUGUGUGUGAGACAUACUUGAAGGCUUUCCAUCUGGCUCUUUCUUUUCACUUGCAAAGCAUCCUGGAAAACAGUCACUUGGAAUAUAAUGAACUCCAUGCAGUCCUCCUUUGGGUCACUCAAGUAUACCACAGCGAAGAUUUCUUAGGACAUCCAGAUCUUCAACCAGAUAUGAAACUUGAAGACUUGUCCGACUUGUUAACUUCGGAAACUUUGGAAAAACUGAAAAAGGACUACGUUCAUUCUGUAAAGCAGAAAACCAAGACCCACUUGGACGCGAUUCUGAUGCUGUGCAAGGAAAGAUGGGUUUCAGAAGAACUGCCAGAAACCUCGCCAAGCUCAUUCCACUCAUCGUUGUCCUUUGAUAUUCAAACGAUGAUUGGAGAACACAUGAAGGCAUCCAGCAGCAUCUGCAAACACCUAGAAAAGGAAGUUAUCGGAGUCAGCUUAAAAGAAGUAAACGAAUUCAUCCCACGCUUUGGAAACAAAUUUCUGGAGUGCAGCAAAGCAAGAGAUUCACCCCAGUUUGUGCCAUUUAUGGUGGCUUACAUUAACAGCUUCCAUGACCUGAAGAUGGGAUUGCAAACCCAUUUUAACAGCAACUGUGAAGAACUGGAGAAGAUCGUGACUGAUCUGACACUGAAAUACAUGGGACGUUUUCUAAGCAAAUUAAGGCUGGCAACACAGCAACAGUUUAAGAAAAUUCUAAGCAGAGCAUGGAUUGUAAGUGGUGGAACUCCUGAACCAUUCAUCAUGAAAAUACUUUUAGUCAUUGAGGAUUUUUCUAAACACCUAAUUCAUCUGAAUGAGCCCAUUCAAGAGGAUUUUCUAAACAAAGUUCACAAGUAUGUCAUCCAGGAAUACGUUACACAAACCCUCAAACCAAGAGGCAGAAUGAAGAGAUCAAAACGGGAAGAGGUCAGCAUAAUAAUGACUCAAGAAGCCACGAUGAUACAUAAUACUAUGAACGAACUGGGUUCCAGUUCUGAUUGGCUCUCUCAUGCCAUUCCAUAUAUUGCUAAGAUCAUUGGUGAGAAGAAAAGACACAACAUCAAAGGUUAUAUUGAAGACUUGUUUCAGAAGUACCCAGACAUCAGGAAGAAACAUAUCGUAGCUGUCCUUGCCCUCCGAAGAUUACGGCGAAACACAAGGAAAUUCAUACCUGACGACAUGGACAGAUCACUAGAGGAGUUACCAUUUGGUUCCGACAGAAGACUCUUUGCUGAUAUUGACCUUCCAAUUACCAUCCGGUGUUUCUAAUAUAUAUAUAUAUAUAUAUAUAUA